GAGAGGCAGUGGAGGGGAACGCAUUAGAAACAAUCUGACUAUCGUGGUCCGAUUUCUGCCAGCUAGAUUCCCUGCACAUGAUUACCCUCCCUUCCCUGAAGUCGAAAUCCCACAGCAAAACGGCGGUAACGGCAAUCAGUCUUUUUCCGAAAGCUAAAGGUAUCGUUUUUCCAAUUCACGGCUGAAUGGCUAUUGCCAAUCUUCUUACUGGAGAGGUUAUUGCAAAUUUUAGGCUGUGCAUUUAUGUCUAUGACAUUAGAUCCAUUGAGGGCGGGUUUAUCUUCCCUGACGAUGGUGCUGCGACCUAUACGUAUCACUUGGAUUCUUUGGUGACAUUUAUGUGCCAGUGCAUCACAUGCCCAAUCCAUCCCAUUUUGACGGCGAAGCAAAAAAUAGCAAUAAAGGCACGUGGUUUUGGGAUUUUAAUGAUCAAUCAUGUCCUAUUGAUGAUACUGAUGAGAUCAAAUGCUUUCAAAAUGUGAGUUACCCUUCAAUUCCAGAAGAGCAGCCAAAAGAAUCAAAGCUAUUUGCCCCUAUGGUGGUUACUGUAUUUAUUUUAACCUUUAUAGUAAGUAAUGAUAAUGAUUGAUUGAUGGAGAAAAGGGGGAUGAGAAAGAUAUAUAGUGGCUUUGCUUAGACAUUUUGUUAUCUUUGUAUACAUUGAGUUGUUGGCAUAUUUAAAUAUUUCCCCCUCUUUGGUUAGCACUUAGGAAAAGGAAUACCUUUCCAUUGCAUGACAAUUUAGAUGUGAAAUAUAUAUUAUAUCUCUUUAUUACUUAAUAAGAACUAUUUCUUGUUCUAAUAAUUUUUAUUUAAGAACACAUAUGACAUUUUAUAUUUAAAAGGUUACUUUUUCUUUUUAAUUUUAUUCCCUUUCUUCAUGCCUUUUCAUUUCGCAAACCAAAUGAGUUUGAGACAACCUUGGGGAAAGAAAAAUUUAUAAUUACUAUUUUAUAUACUAGCACCUUGAUGCAGAAAACUGUGUAUUAGCAGAAGACUUCAAUUCUACUAGCAAUAAAAGCCAUAGGGUAGAAUCCAGUGGCGAUACUAGGAUCCUGAGCUAUUGGGUGCAACAUUGUUCAAAUUAAUAAUUAAAAGUUUUUUGAACUUAAAAUCUUUAAAGUUUGGUCAAAGGUGCAAAAUAUUUGGAUUAAGGGGUGCGAAAUAUUGAAAUACAUGAACUUUUCUUGUACUUUUCUCCAAGCUCAAGGGUUGCAUUUGCCCCUCUUGGCUUCAAUAUAGUGCCGCCCAUGGUAGGACCCUCUCCGGCAAUGCAUGUUAUUGAAACUUGGAAGUGUGACUCAUCACGUCUUUCAUUAUGGGAAGCAUGCCUUAUCAAGUUGUCUA